AUGGCAUUUUUUGAAAAAAGUAUAAAUCUAAUCAGUGACGUGUAUAAGGGAGGCAUGUAUAAAAGAUUGGUUGGAAUUGUAUCAAGACAUGCUUUAGGACUCAUUGUUGAUGAGGUUGAACGAGUCAAUCAUAUAGGAUUUGACAACGGGAGUUGUGGAUGUGUGUUGAGAGCGACAUAUGGUUUACCAUGUGCUUGUGAAUUAGCACGAUAUGUCUAUGGGGUGAUUCCUCCUACUGUUCUUCAUAUAAUGCAUACUAGAUUAAGCUUCUCAAAUAUUUCAUCAAAUGAAUCGCUUCCUAGGUUAUGCAUAGACAAGGAAAUUGAUAUGGUUGUGAAUCGUUUCAGUGAAGUCGACAUUGCAAGAAAGUUAAAACCAAAGGUGCACAACAACGAAAAAGGUCAUCGAUCAGAACGAUCCACUAAGCGUGAUCCAUCCUACUCUGAGCAUGUCGACGCCUUUUUUUCCUCUCACAGUGGUCAUUCCAUUAAAAGUGACACGAAAUCUAAAGAAAGUGCAAUUUCGUUAUUAGAUCAAUUUAAUCCUAUCUGUCACUUUUACAUUGUCAAUGUUGUUGAUGUGGUUGUUGAUGGCCAUUGUGGGUAUAAAUGUAUUGUUGCCUUGUUAGGGAUGGGUGAGGAAUUGUGGCCCCUAGUCCGACAUGAUCUUUUUAAAGAACUUAGUCAAUGGCGUGAUGAAUACGCAAGAUUAGUAGGAUCUUAUGACCGUCUUGAAGAACUAAGGAAGUCAUUGUUAGUGGAAUCGCAAGCAGAGGCUAAUAUGGAUAAGUGGAUGACUAUAUCCGAUAUGGGCUACGCGAUUGCUAAUCGAUAUAAUGUUAUCUUAGUCUGCUUAUCAUCACGGCAAAACAUUACAGUUUUUCCACUACGUACCAGACCACCAAUUGAUUCAAAACAACAUAAGCUAAUAUGUAUAGGACAUGUUCACGAUUCUCAUUUUGUUCAGGUUCACCUAAAAGAUGGUUGUCCUAUACCCAUGGUAGAUAUCAUAUCAUCUACACAUUGUUAUCCCGAGGCUCGAGCUUGGUUUGCGUUUUACGCUAACAGGAUGCAGACAUUUGUGCACUUGAUGGGUGUGAAUACUAGUUAUGUGGACUUGGGCAUGGACUAA